AGCGAAUGAUCACUUGAUUAAAAAACGUAUCGACCAAUGAUCAUAAUUUUACUAUUCUACUUUUGCUAUAUUCACUACUGUACUGCGCAAGCUGACUCCGUUGACCUAUCGAUACCGGAGGACGCGGUCGGGCGUCCACAAAAUCUCGUACCGAUCCGAAACGAAUCUUUGAACGAUGCGAUGAGAAAUCUGUGCUUUUGUAAUUACGCUGGUGAUAUCUGUGACUCAAACAAUACAUGUAUCAAACACACAUAUGCAGCUUGCUUCCACUUCAUGAAAGAGGUUUACAACGCCGAACUCCGCCGUAUGGAGACGGUGCAUCAAUAUGGCUGCGCCACUCUUGAAAAAGGCAGCUCAGCCUCACAUCUUACGUGCAACUCAUUUCGUAGUCCUCAUCGAACUCCGAAGAGUAUAGCAUGCUGUUAUGAGGGUAACUAUUGUAACCUGAGGAUAACACCACCGCCUUAUCGGCAGCUUCCCAAGGAAGCAGAGUACUAUGAUGAAGAGUUUUUGGAUGAUAAGCUACAUCCAAUAGUCCAUGUGGUCCUACCAAUGCUGCUAGCUGUAUUUGCCAUUGCGAUCGCUGCCACCUGGUGCUUUCUGAAAAGGAGACGACGAGAUGUGAAGAGAUGGUGGCCAUUAACGAAAAACAAGCAGGAUCUUCUCCCCGUGCCAGAACUGGAUCCAAUGCUCUACGAUGAUUCCGGCAGCGGUUCCGGAUCUGGAAAUGCUACAAUGGUACAACGAACUGUGGCCAAUGAUCUUAUCAUAGAGAAAGUCAUAGGAAAAGGAAGAUAUGGAGAGGUUCGAAUAGCAAGAUUCCGUGGAAGUUUGGUGGCUGUGAAGACAUUUUACACAACCGAGGAAGAUUCAUGGAAUAAUGAAAGAGAAAUCUACGAAACCCAGAUGCUGAACCAUGAGAACAUUUUGCAAUUCGUUGCCGCGGAUAUCUUCAGCAUGGACUCGCUCACUCAGAUGAUCCUUGUCACAGAUUAUCAUCCGUUGGGUUCUCUCUACGAUUAUCUUCAGAAAGAGCAAGCUCUAACCACACAAGAGGCCCUUCAGCUGGCGUAUAGCUCUAUAUGUGGUAUAGAGCAUCUGCAUGCCUCCGUGCUGGGAACGGGAAGUCGACGAAAGCCGCAGAUUGCUCAUAGGGACAUCAAAUCCAAGAAUAUCAUAGUCAAACGCCCUGGAGUCUGUUGCAUUGCGGAUUUUGGACUGGCAGUGAGAUUUGAGGAUCGCCUAAUCCCUGAUAAGGUGAACAUUCAAGUGGGAACGAAGCGUUAUAUGGCACCGGAGGUGAUACGAAAGGACUUGAAUCCGAAUUUCUUUGCACAGUUCAAGAUGGCUGACAUGUACUCGUAUGCUCUGGUGCUGUGGGAGAUCGCUCGAAAAGUCGAGUGUGCGGAUGUGCGUGGAACGUCAAUCGCCUCGGGAGAGUCUGGCUAUAACUCAGCGAGCAGUGAGGGCAAAGGUCUCACGAUGUAUCCUGAAUUCAAAAACGACAACAAUUACCGAAUGCAGCACAUGCAAAAGAGUUCGGAUGGGUCGAGAAGAUCGUAUCCCUACAAGCCGCCAUUCGGUGAACUUGUCGAUAGCGAUCCAUCAUUUGCCGAGAUGGAGAAGAUAGUUUGUGGAGCUAAUGGGAAGCGACCACCGCUCGAACCAUCUUGGACCAAUGGCAGUAAUAUUCAUCUACAAAAAAUGGUGGGUUUGAUGGUGGAUUGCUGGCAUCACUCACCCCAUUGCCGACAUACUGCUCUCAAAGUGAAAAUUGCUCUUGGAGAGGUUAUCGAAGACUUGAAAGCACAUCAGGAACGCGAAGCGAAAGAGCGCAUAUCGUCACAAACCAUGAAAGUCAUCAACGAGGAAGUCGCAUUCGAUUGCUCUCGUGAAAGUCCACGCUUCGCUACGAAAAAGAAAGAUCAAUCAUCGUACCUCGCAACUUGCUAAUGGUAAAAAUAUAUUUGUUUUGUUUCAUCCACUGGUCUCGCUAUUCACUUUAUGUAGAGGUACUGCGUGUGAAAAAGCAGUACUAAUCUCAUGUCAUGCAACAACUAUCAGAAUACGAUCUUUUUUGUACUUGUAUGAUUUUUUGUACACAACAAACAAGUUAUUUGUCUCUUUGUAUAUAUCUUUAUUAUUUUAUGCUACCACUACCAUUUAAUUGCAAUGAACUUUUGGCCCAG